UCCGUCGCACAGGGGCGUGGCGUUGGGGCGCCCGGGGCGGAAACAAGCAGGGCUCGGCUUGGGCCGCGGGGUCCAGGCGAGGGUCUCGGCGAGGGUCGCGGUGCGCGCGGGCUGGGACUGCUGUGCGCCUGGAGGUCCCGGGAAGCGCAGGGCCUGGCGCUGGACAAGGCCUCGCGCCCUCGGAAGGCCGCGCCUUUGUACCCCUACGGGGUCCUCCGCCGGGUUCGGCCGAUGAAGCCCGCGGCCCGCCUGGGCGCCCUGUGCCUGGCGCUGUGCUGCCUGGGCUGCGCGCGCGGGCUCUGGAGGAGUGACAGCCAUGAGUGGCAUAAACUAAUUAUGGUUCACCACUGGCCUGCGACAGUGUGCAAGGAAGUUAAGGACCACUGCAAAGACCCCCCAGAUUACUGGACCAUCCACGGAUUAUGGCCUGAUAAAAGUGAAGGAUGUAACCGAUCCUGGCAUUUUAACCCAGAAGAGAUCAAGGACCUUUUGUCAGACAUGAGGACGUACUGGCCCGAUCUGCUGCAUUCGUCUCCUAACCGCAGCCUCCAUUUGUGGAAGCAUGAGUGGGAGAAGCACGGGACCUGCGCCGCCCAGCUGGAAGCCCUCAAUUCCCAGAAGAAAUACUUCGGCAAAAGCCUGGAUCUGUCUAAGGAGCUUGCCCUGAACAGCACGCUCCAAAAAUUGGGGAUAACACCAUCUACUUACUACCAGAUUUCAGAUAUUAAAGAUGCCCUUGUCAGUGUGUACGGAGUCGUGCCCAAAGUCCAGUGUCUUCCAAAACAGGGCGACGAGGAGGUGCAGCUCCUUGCGCAGAUUGAGGUGUGCUUCUCCAAGGACCUGCAGCUGCAAAACUGCAUGGAACCCGGGGAGCCGGCGCCCCGAGGGCUGGAAGCGAGGCCGCCGAGGGCGGCGGCGAGCCUGGGGCUGGAGAUCUGCAAGGACGGCGUCCUCUUUUACCCCGCACUCAACAAGACCAAUCACUGAUGCCCACAUUUUGUAAAUAGUCUUUAUUUUGAAAAGCAAGAGGAAUUGACAAACCACUGCUUUUUAAAAAGCAACUCCGAAGUGAAAUCUCCUGUUUACAACCUCUUUACCUAAGCCUGUUCUGUUUGUUUUGCUUUGCACUCCGUGUCUGGGAGUUGAUUUUCAUGGUACAUGUAAAGAUGGGGUGAACUUUGGGUACGUUGAAAGGGAGGAAAGUUCCCCGCCUCUUGGCUGCUUUGUGACUGCAGUAAAGCUUAUGGUUUUCUUUUU